GUUUCUAGGCCGAGAGCGGUGGUGGUGGUGGAGCUCACGUGACCUAUCACAUGACAGCGGAGCUGCAGAAAGGCAGAAUGGGACCCCAAGUCUGCCUCCUAGGGCUCCUUGCCCUCUUUGUUGCCGGCAAAUGCAGUUACAACCCGGAGCCUGACCAGCAGCGAACGCUGCCCCCAGGCUGGGUGUCCCUGGGCCGUGCGGACCCUGAGGAAGAGCUGAGUCUCACGUUUGCCCUGAGACAGCAGAACCUGGACAGACUGUCCAAGCUGGUGCAGGCUGUGUCGGAUCCUGGCUCUCCUCUCUACGGAAAGUACCUGACCCUAGAGGAUGUGGCUGAACUGGUCCGGCCAUCACCACUGACCCUACACACGGUCCAAAAAUGGCUUUUGGCAGCUGGAGCCCGGAACUGCCAGUCAGUGACCACACAGGACUUUCUGACUUGCUGGCUGAGUGUCCGGCAAGCAGAGCUGCUGCUCUCUGGGGCUGAGUUUCAUCGCUAUGUGGGGGGACCUGCAGAGACCCAUGCUGUAAGGUCUCCACAUCCCUAUCAACUUCCAAAGGCCUUGGUCUCCCAUGUGGACUUUGUGGGAGGGCUGCACCGCUUUCCCCCCACAUCAACCCUGAGGCAACGCUCUGAGCCACAGGUGCCAGGGACCGUAGGCCUGCACCUGGGGGUGACCCCGUCCGUGAUCCGUGAGCGGUACAACUUGACAGCACAAGACGUGGGCUCAGGCACAACCAACAACAGCCAAGCCUGUGCCCAGUUUCUGGAGCAGUAUUUCCAUGACUCGGACCUGGCUGAGUUCAUGCAUCUCUUUGGUGGGAACUUUGCCCACCAGGUAUCAGUUGCUCGUGUGGUCGGACAACAGCGCCGGGGCCGGGCCGGCAUCGAGGCCAGCCUAGAUGUGGAGUACCUGAUGAGUGCUGGCGCCAACAUCUCCACCUGGGUCUACAGUAACCCUGGCCGGCAUGAGUCACAGGAGCCCUUCCUGCAGUGGCUCCUGCUGCUCAGUAAUGAGUCAGCCCUGCCAUAUGUGCACACUGUGAGCUACGGAGAUGACGAGGACUCCCUCAGCAGCGCCUACAUCCAGCGGGUCAACACCGAGUUCAUGAAGGCUGCUGCUCGGGGUCUCACCCUGCUGUUUGCCUCAGGUGACAGUGGGGCUGGGUGUUGGUCUGUCUCUGGAAGACACCAGUUCCGUCCCAGCUUCCCUGCCUCCAGCCCCUAUGUCACCACAGUAGGAGGCACAUCCUUCCAGAAUCCUUUCCGAGUCACAAAUGAGAUUGUUGACUAUAUCAGUGGUGGCGGUUUCAGCAAUGUGUUCCCACAGCCUUCUUACCAGGAAGAAGCUGUAGCCCGGUACCUGAGCUCCAGUCCCCACUUGCCACCAUCCAGUUACUUCAAUGUCAGUGGCCGUGCCUACCCAGAUGUGGCUGCACUCUCUGAUGGCUACUGGGUGGUUAGCAACCACGUGCCCAUUCCAUGGGUGUCUGGCACCUCGGCCUCUACUCCAGUGUUUGGGGGAAUCCUAUCCCUGAUAAAUGAGCACAGACUCCUCAGAGGCCACCCUGCUCUUGGCUUUCUCAACCCAAGGCUCUACCAGCAGCGUGGGACAGGACUGUUUGAUGUAACCCAUGGCUGCCAUGCAUCCUGUCUGAAUGAAGAGGUGGAGGGUCAAGGUUUCUGCUCUGGCCCUGGCUGGGAUCCAGUGACAGGCUGGGGAACACCCAACUUCCCAGCUCUACUGAAGAUACUCAUCGACCCUUGACCCUUUCCUGCUAGGAGAGGGGGUCUGUCCCCUGCCCCACAGCUGGUGGCUCGAUUCCUUAUUCUGCACUAUUGGAAGUCCUGUUGAACUCUCAACUGUUGACUGCCACUGACAGCUUAUCUCCCUAACCUCGAAACGCUUUGAGCUUGAUUUGACUGCCAACCCGGCCUGCCCCAUCAUACUCAGGUCCCCCUACUCCUGCCCCAGGUUCCUCUACAAGAUGCUAUAACCAGCAUUGUUUGGGACGCUCCCCUGCAGACUCCACCCCCCAUCUUCUUUCUCUUUUCAACCAGGCUUUUCUAAAGGAUUGUCUACCCUGUCUGGGUACACUAUUUCACUUCAUCUUCACUCCUUAAUUCAUUGCUGUGAGGUUUGCUCUGAUUUUUCACUCUUUCCUCUCCUGACAUGGAGAAACAAAGGCCUGCCUGCUGCUUCAUCCUGUGCACACUUCCCAAUCUUUGCUUUAUGGGCUUUCUAUCAUAGUUGCCUACUCCCUCUCGAGACUUCCUUAGCUUCAGGGCUUAACUUCUCUGGCCACUUCCUCUUCCUCCCCCAUUCCCUCUUUCCUCCUUCUCUUUCUCUGCUUCCUUAUUGAAUGUUGGUGUAUUUCAUUGCUCCAUCCUUAGUCUUUUGCUCUUCUCACUCUACUCAUUGUCUGUUGGAACAAAUCAAUCACUGGCAUCCACAGCCAUCACCAUCUCACUAAAAUCAGACUUUCUGUUCAACAGUGAUUAAUACCUUAAAAGCAAGGUGUGUGAUGCUCAAUACUUCAUCUUUCUUCUUCCCAGUCCCAAACUCUUCUCUAUGUUUCUUCCAACCAAGCCAGAAACCUAAAGUGCCAUCCUAGAUUCCCAUUUCCUUCACCUCCUUCCAUCAUCACCUUCAAUCAACAAGUCCUACUGACUUGACCUCUUCAGUAUAUCUUUAUCAAUCCACAAGUCUUGCCAAUUAUAUUUCCCACAUAUAUCUAGAACCCAUCUGUUUCUCUCCACCUCUAUUGCUACAUUAGCUUUGACUCAUAUUCUCUUUCUUCUGAAUUGUGAAGGCCCUUUGGAGAUGUGUCCUUACUUCCCAUCCUUCCCUAAACCACCUACCAGAGUAAGAUGCAAAUUCCAUGAGGUCAUUUACUUGAUCAAGAUUCUUCAAAGAUUACUGGAUCUGGUUUGGGCUUUUUAUUGACUCAUAAACCUAAUCCCUUCCUUGCUUUUUGUUCCUGAGUAACAAAUUGUUUAUGCUUCCCUGCUCUCCCCACACACAUUUUCACUUUUGCUCAAGCUGUUCUGUGCCCUUAACACUCUCCCUGGCUCUCUUUGCCUGGCUGAUUUCCAGGAUUCUUUCAAGACUCAGCUCAGAAAUCACCUUUUCUUGUGAACCUUUUGGCUCCCUGAAGCUAGCUGAUUUCAGUAUGGCAGAAAAAUUCUGGAUUUUUGAAACCAAAUUAGUUUGAUUCUUGGUUCUCAUAAAGACUGGGAAAGAGCCCUGGACAAGUAAAUUCAUCUCCCUGAGCCUUUUCCCUCACCUGUUAAGUGAGGAUAUUGAUACCUGCCUCUCAUAAUAUUAAGGGAAUCAUUAAAUGGAAUAAAAUUGAUAGAAUGCCUGACUCAGAAGUAGGCAGCAGCCGUUAGUUCCAUUCCUCCCUUGCCUGCACACUUUGUGUCUACCUCCAGUACUGUAACUCCCACAUAUUGUCAAAAUUGCCAGUUUACCUGUUUGCCUUCCUUUCCAAGACCGUUGGUGCCUAGAGGACUAGAAUCUUGUCCUACUAGAACUCUGCAUUCAGAGGCCCUAGCUCAGGACUGGCAAAUAGGAAUUAAAUAAAUGUUUGCUGCAUUGAAAACCCCA